AUGAAACUAGUACCCAUCAACUCCUGCGACUUCUCUCCUGAAACGUACAAUUUUGAUAACAUUUCCGACGAUUUUGACCUGACCGAAUUCGACCGAGACCUGAAGAUGGACGAGGAACUUGGAAUGUUUGCUAUGAUCCACGAUGCUCAAUCGCGAACCAAGGACGCUAGUGGUCUUCAACUGCUCGCGAGCCCGUGGUCCCCGCCGUACUGGAUGAAGACAGACAAUCACGAGAUGAUAGGCAGCGAAAUGCCGUGCUUGAAGGGGGAUCAGCGCUACCACAGAGCUUGGGCAGAAUACCGCUCUCUAUGGUUUCAAGGGUAUGCGAAGCAAGGCAUCAACUUCACCUACCACACUGUUCAGAAUGAACCUGCGAACUAUAUCAACGUAUGGUGGGAACAGUGUUUCUUCGAUGCUCAAGGGGAAGCCGACUUCAUUGCUAACCACCUGGGGCCUGUGAUGGAGAGAGAUGGUCACAACAUUAGUCUGCUAUUUUAUGACUAUAACAAGGGUGGUAUGAACAACUGGGCGAAUGUGGUAUUGUCCAACCCUAAUGCAGCUAAAUACAUUUCUGGUAUAGCUCUACACUGGUAUGAUGGUUACUUCUUCGAUAAUGUGCGUACCUUCCAGGAGAAGUACGGGUCUCAGUACUACCAGCUGGCGACCGAAGGAUGCAGCUGUGAUGGGAUUCUGGAUCAGGAGUACGAUACCGAAUGGAAGAGGGCGAUGAGAUAUGUUGAAGACAUUCUGGGGGAUCUGAACGCUGGAGUGGUGGGCUGGAUGGACUGGUCCAUACUUCUCAAUAUUGUUGAGAACGGCGCUGGCGGACCGAACCACUCGAGGUUGAAAAAUUGGUGCUACACCCACAUUCACGUCACCAACAACAGUGAUCUACUUGUUUAUCGGUCGUAUUACACCUUCUCUCAUAUAUCGCGGUUUGUGGUCCCUGGCUCGCGGCGGAUCGGAAUAACUAUGGACAGCAGCGGGGAUGGUCUGGUGUGUUCGGCUUUCGUCACUCCAGAUGAGUCCAAUAUCAUACUCGUGGUGAGUGUUCUGUCCACUGGGGUUGGCAACUGGGAUCUGUCGUCGAAUAUGCGGCCAUAG